CCUUCCUCCUCCCCUCCCCCUCCCACCCCACACAUACGCACAUACGCAGCGUGCGGGAGCAGAGCGCAGCAGCGUCACCUCGGACCAGCGAGGGCAGCUGGCAGGGGGAGCUCAAAAGGCAAACAAGACUCUCUAUCUCUCUGCUUUCUCCCCGUUUGAGGUUUGACCUCGCCUCCAGCUCCAGCCCCGCAAGUCUCCCCCUUCUCCUCCCCUCGCGACGACCGUCGCCGGCAAUGGCGGCCGCCUCGGAGGAGGCCAUCAAGCAGUUCUCCGUGCUCAUGGAGCAGCUUGAGGAGCCGCUCAAGACCACAUUCCAGAAUGUGCACCAAGGAUAUCCACGAGGGACUCUGCUGCGUUUUCUCAAGGCCAGAGAAUGGAACGUUCCUAAAGCAUAUAAAAUGCUAAUGGAUUGCUUGAAUUGGAGGCUUCAGAAUGAGAUUGACAGCGUUCUAGCCGUAAUUGCCUUUUACCGUCAACAAAGUCUUGUUUUUUUUAUAGUUGUACAGCACUGUAGUACUACUAUUGUUUUAGCAUAUGUUAUUCCUCUGACCAGCAACCACCAUUUUAUUUCGAUGCAGAAACCAAUAUUGCCCGCUGAUUUGUAUAGAUCUAUUCGUGAUACACUACUUGUUGGAUUAACAGGAUAUUCCAAGCAGGGUCAACCUGUCUAUGCAUUCGGUGUUGGGCUCAGUACCUUUGACAGAGCAUCGGUGAACUACUAUUUGCAGUCUCACAUACAGAUGAAUGAGUAUCGAGAUCGUGUUGUCCUGCCAGGUGCAUCUGAGAUGUCCGGAAAACAGAUUAACACCUGCUUGAAAGUUAUGGAUAUGACUGGCCUGAAGCUUUCUGCUUUGAACCAAAUAAAGAUGUUGAGCACGAUAACAGCUGUUGAUGACCUUAAUUAUCCUGAGAAAACCGAGACGUAUUACAUCGUGAACGCUCCAUAUGUUUUUUCGGCAUGUUGGAAGGUUGUGAAGCCUCUUUUACAAGAGCGAACUAAAAAGAAGAUCAAAGUCUUGUAUGGCCCUGGAAGAGAUGAAUUACUGAAGGUUAUGGACUACGCGUCACUCCCGCACUUCUGCAAGAGGGAAGGGUCCGGUUCAGGCUCGUCGUCGGAUGAAGUCGACUGCUACUCGUACGACCAUCCAUUCCACCAGGAGCUGUACAACUAUGUGAAGCAGCAAGCUCUGAGGAACCAGGACAGCGUCGGCCCCGCGAAGCAAGGGUCGAUGCAUGUGAGGGUGCCGACGCCGGACCUGGAAGAGGCCAAGAUCAUGGAGACGAUCCAGUCGGAGCUCCACAGCCUCAAGGGAGGCGACGGCAUUUCCCGCUCCUUCAGCAGGAUCACCAUCGAAGGACCAUGAUGGUAUUAUUUCCUGCUCAUAUCCAAGAUCGCCAUGGAUGUGACCCAUGAUGAUCGGAGUGCCUCGAGAUGCGCGGAGCAGGUAAUCGCUUAUUUUAUCUUAUUUGACGCCAGGAAAUUAUUCUGGGGUUUAUAGCAGUUCUUGCUUGCAUUGUAACCGCUGGCUGAAAAGCUCGACUAGGAUCAUAUCGGUAGAGGAAGCAGCAGUAGUAGUAAUAGUAGUAGUAAAACAACGGAUUCUAAUAACCGAGUGAGUCUGUAUCGUGUUGUCGAGGAUGGUAGUAAUUAGUUUGAUUAACCUGGCUAAUGGAUGUACCAUUUGCGUUUUACUGUUUCCAUCCAUGCUUCUCAUGGCAGGGAAAUUACCAUGCUCCCAGACAUGAGUAGCACCAUCUCUAUGUAUCGUAUCAAUCAUCAGUAUAUAGUAUAUGUAUGUAUAUGUAA